AUGACUGAGAAAGAAAGCUCCACCGCUCCUCCCCCUUAUGCCGCUGCACCGGCUGCCGCUCCUGCUGAGCACUUUAACAUCAAAGUGACGGACAACAACAACGAGGUUUUCUUCAAGAUUAAGCGCACUACUCCUCUCAAGAAGUUGAUGGACGCGUUCUGCGAUCGCCAGGGAAAGCAAAUCUCAACUGUGAGAUUUCUUUUCGACGGCACCCGUGUACGCCCCGAUGACACCCCCGAGGCUCUUGACAUGAACGACGGUGAUACUCUCGAGGUCCACCAAGAGCAAAUUGGUGGAUCUAACUAA